AGUAGUACUGCUUGCACUAAACUUCUCUGCGUAUUUACUACCAAAUCUGUUGAUGAAGUUAAGGUGCCUAGUCUGAAGUUAUUCUCGAAAGCCCACCAAAAUGGGCUUUCCUUUGAUACAAGUUUUUAUGAUCGCUGCAAGGCAGAUCUCAAGACCUGUAGCUGAUGCAGUUCUUCGUUAUGGCAAAAUUCAUCCAGUUUUUAGAAAUAAAAUUUUGGUACCGAUAGGAAAAGGUCUGGUAAGGAUGACAACUAGGUUACGGAUGAGACGGCUUGGACUAGGCGAACCAACAACAACUAUUCAGGUUUCGGAAGCAGCAGCCCUAGAACAAGCCUCUGAUUUCGUCCAGCAGCUUGUGCUUUUCUUAUACUCCGUCGGAGUGUUCUCUGGCUAUUAUUUUUACACAAAAAUCACAACGCCAGAAACUCUCAAGGCCUACGAAUUUGAAGAAUUCCGAGAAGAAACCGAUAAGGUUAUGGCCGAGCUUAGGUUAAGAUUAGAUCUGCUAGAAAAUGCAGUAAAGAAAGCUGGAGUAAAGGUUCCACUACCUCCACCUCCACCUCCACGAGUCGAAAGUGCCACAAGUCCUACUACUAACUCUCAAGAAGAAAAUUCUUCAAAAGCGAAAUCACGUUUCCCUUGGGUUUCUUCGUUGCCUGUUGACACUGCAUCAAAUGUAGUUUUGAAAGGUGGCGAAGAGUAUGUUGUUGUCCGUUGUGGGACGUCCGUCGGCAUUGAACUAGCCGAGCGUCAUCGCAACAGGGGUGUGGAUCUCGUUUUUCGGAAGAAGGUGUUGACCGAACCACCAAGAUGGGGCAUCGUUGAUACGGCAGAAGGGUGUGUAAAAAUGCUUUUCGGAUAAUUUCGAUACACUACAUCUCAAUUCUUACUUAAUGGAAGCUUGAUUUUGGUGUUCGUUUUACCUCAAUCGAUAAGAAAUUGUCGAAUGAGUGCUGCUCAAGUUUCUACUCGACUCGUUGGACUUAGACACUAGUUUUCACCUUGUUACUGUAAGUCUCGGCAAUUUUGCCUUCUUAGGUUAUUAGAUUGUGUAUUGUUGAUGAAACUUCUCAAACUGCCCACCUCGAAACUAAUGCCUUGAUGAAAUUAUUUGCUAAUCCCUGAUUGACGAUCAUCGCUCUCGCAUCUGCUGUUGUCAUUUGUUCACUUCGAUCGUUUCGUUUUCAUAGUCAUUCAGCUUAGGAUGGCAUAAUCCAGUCAUCACUUAGUGAAUUCUAGGUUGUGUUUCACAGAGCUUUUUGUUUGUUGUCCUAUUCUAGUCAGAGCUAGUACUUCGAUUGAUC